AUGAGCUGUGUCAGAAGGAAUAACCAGAGCAGCACAUCUGAGUUCAUCCUGCUGGGGCUCCCCAUUUGGCCACAGCACCAAGACAUGUACUCAGCCCUGUUCCUGGCCAUGUACCUGGCCACAGUGUUGGGGAACCUGCUCAUCAUCCUGCUCAUCAGGCUGGACUCUCACCUCCACACCCCCAUGUACUUCUUCCUCAGCCACUUGGCCUUCACAGACAUCUCUUUCUCAUCAGUCACAGCCCCAAAGAUGCUCAUGAACAUGCUGACGCACACUCAGUCCAUCUCAUAUGCUGGGUGCGUCUCCCAGGUGUAUUUUUUCCUAUUUUUUGGAGAUCUUGACAGCUUCCUUCUCACCUCCAUGGCCUAUGACAGGUAUGUGGCCAUCUGUCACCCUCUGCACUAUACCACCAUCAUGAGUCAGAACCUCUGUAUCCUACUAGUGGUUGUGUCCUGGGUCUUGUCCUUUGUCAGUGCCCUUGUGCACACCCUCCUGCUUGUCCGCCUCUCUUUCUGUGGGGACAAUACAAUCCCCCACUUCUUCUGUGACCUUUCUGCCUUGCUUAAACUGUCUAGCUCAGACACCACCAUCAAUGACCUGGUUAUCGUCACUGUGGGAGUGGUUAUCAUAACUGUGCCAUUGAUAUGCAUUCUGGUCUCUUAUGGCCAUAUUGGAGCCACCAUCCUGAGAACGCCCUCAACCAAGGGAAUCUGCAAAGCCUUGUCUACAUGUGGCUCUCACCUCUGUGUAGUUUCUUUGUACUAUGGAGCCAUUAUUGGUCUAUAUUUUUUCCCCUCCUCCAGUAACACUAAUGGCAAGGAUGUCAUUGUGUCUGUGUUGUACACUGUGGUCACACCCAUGCUGAAUCCCUUUAUAUACAGUCUGAGGAAUCGGGACAUGAAAGGAGCACUGAGAAACACCCUCAGCAGGACAGUGUGCUCAUAG